AUGGAAGAACCCCGCUACGAUUCUACUGGAGCUUCUAGAUUCGGUUCCAUGACGGCCCACCUUGACUUCGGCUGUUACUCAACCGUCUCACAUAUCGAUGCGACAAUUGGAUGUCUUCGUAUGAUUCCUAAGUCAGAUAUUGGCGCAUCAACCCAAACUGUCAUUGUGGAUGGGACGACCUCCACGGAUCUCCUGAUUAUCCUUACUGCUUCGUAUCCCGGCACUACCGAAACUACCGAAACCAUAACCUUCGCUUCUUCGGAGUUGGAUAGGCUUGGUACUGUCUCUGUUAUAGACAUUCUCCCCAUGAUGCACCGUCAAUCCGACCUUAAGACAACUGGAACAGCUGGAGCUGCGUCCACGGAUGCUACGUCUACUUCCAAUUCUGCGGCGAGACCUAGCCCAAAGGGCAACUCGUGGGAUGGACUGUGUGGUAUUCUAGGGGUAUCACUCACUUCUAUUGUUCUGGGUGCGGCUGUGAUCCUAUAA